GCUUCACCGUCUAAAUAUAGCUCCUUUCAACGUUGACAGCUUGGAGAGGUGUGUUACGCCAGGAGUGUCUCCACGGACAUAUAUAUUAGCAAUGGCGGUGUUGACUGACCCCGUACAUACAUCAAGGUAACCAGUCACCGUCAAUGUCAGAGUCCGCGUCCCCCUCCGACCACGCCCUGAAAUGUGUGGUGGUUGGGGACGAAGAGGUUGGCAAGACGUGCAUGUUGCACUCGUACAGCUCCAACACGUUUGAGAAGGAUUACCAGCCCACGGUUUCUGCAAGCUACAAGGUGACAGUCAAAGUUCAAGGCGAGGCCUACAACCUGGGCCUGUUCGACACGGCUGGUAAAGAGGAAUAUGACGGGGUUCGACCCCUCAGUUACCCCAACGCUGACAUCUACCUCGUCUGUUUCUCGGUUGUCUCCCCUUCAUCCUUCUCCAGUGUCUCAGAAAAGUGGGUCCCUGAAAUCCUGGAAAACUCACCAAACACUCCAUUCCUCCUUGUUGGGACUAAGACAGAUAUCCGAGACGACUUAGCCAAUGGGGACAUACCGGAAGGUAUUAGCGAGAAGCCGAUUACAACACGUCAAGGGAGACAACUCGCAAAGAAAAUGAAAACUAAUUAUAUGGAGUGCUCUGCCCUUACACAGCGUGGCUUGAAAUGUGUAUUUGAUGAGGCUAUAUACACAGCACUGCAUCCUCCCAAAUCUCGAAAAGACUCGUGGAAAUGCACGUUAUCAUGACGUCAUGCCUAGUUUAAGAUGUCCGCCACAGCAAUAGUAAUAUAUGAAGAUCACAGUGCAGUUGAAUGUAGAAGAUGGAGGUCGAGAAUUUUGCCCAGUCCGACUGGUCACUACCGUCGGUGACCGUAACAUCGAGAAUUGUCAUUGAUUCUGUUAUGUGUUAUAUACAGUAAAACCACUAUAUCAGCCAGAACGUAUUCGGACCAUUACUGUUUGAACGACUGUUUCUAAUGGGUUCUUAUCCAUCUACUCUAUGCUCUGUAAUGCGGACAUCUCAUACACCGGACGAUUUUUACAAGGAACUGCCCGGUUUUCCGAGGUUUCGUUGUAUAGUUAUGAGCUAAAUAGUCAGAGGCUGGGACUUGGAUGGUUGGAUGAAUUGGAGAAUAGUCCUACUCGAUGCCAUCUGCAUACUACAGUGCUUCAUAUAUAUUUGUUAUUGUUGAUAUUUAAACACCUUUUUGUAUAUGAUAUUCACAUAAAUAAUGUGUAUAGUU